CUUUUCCGCGAGAGCGCAGAGGGGCUCGCUUAAUACGCGUUGGGGGAAAGCGGACUAUAAAGACGGUGAUACCUUGGGGGGAAGCAUCCAGUAAAGUCUGGACUUUAACUAGAUCGUGAGAGACCUGGUAGACAUGAGAAUUUUGUUUCUCACGCUAUUAGCGGGGCUGCUAGCCUUGGCCGUGUGCGAGGAGAAGAGGAUUGCGUCAAGCGAAAAUGCCGAAGGCACGGAGAAGAAACAGGAUAAGCGCGGGUUGAGUCACGUCGAGGGAGAUUUCGGGGGACAACACGAGGGUGGUUACGGCGGCGGCGAUUACGAUGGCGGGGGCAGUUUUGAAGGAGGUCACGAUAUCGGCGGUGGAGACAUCGGCGGUGGAGAUAUCAGCGGUCACGAUAUCGGUGGAUAUGGCGGUGGUUACGGCGGUGGUGGUGGCGGGGGCGGGGGCGACGACGGGGGCAAAAUCAAACAGAUUACGAUUGUGAAGACCGAAAAAGUACCUUAUCCAGUUGAGAAGAAGGUUCAUUAUCCGGUGGAGAAGGAGGUACCGUAUCCUGUUAAAGUCCCGGUACCACAACCGUAUCCCGUCGAAAAGAAGAUACCGGUACCGGUAAAGGUAUUCGUGAAGGUGCCGGUUCAUAUACCGCAGCCAUAUCCCGUCGAAAAGAAGGUGCCCUAUCCUGUGCACGUACCAGUAGAGAGACCAGUGCCCUAUAAAGUAUACGUGCCCCAGCCGUAUCCGGUGGAGAAGAAAAUACCGUAUCCGGUAAAGGUACCAGUGCCGCAGCCAUUCCCGGUCGAAAAGCCCGUACCGUAUACCGUAAAGGUCCCCGUACACGUGCCGCAACCCUUCCCCGUGGAAAAGCCCGUACCGUAUCCGGUGACAGUGCCUGUCGAUCGACCUUAUCCAGUACACAUAGUUAAACCGUAUCCGGUCCCCGUCGAAAAGCCAGUGCCUGUUCCGGUAGAAAAGAAGGUACCCUAUCCGGUUAAAGUGCACGUAGAACGACCGGUAGCUGUACCUGUGGAGAAGCCCGUGCCCGUUCACGUUAAAGUACCGAUACCCGCGCCGUAUCCAGUGGAGAAACCGGUACCCGUCCCAGUCGAGAAACCUGUGCCCUACGCCGUAAAAGUGCCUAUCGAGCGACCCGUACCUGUUCACGUAACAAAGCCGGUGCCUGUAACGGUGCCCAAGGCGGUACCAUAUCCCGUAAAAGUGCCGGUGGCAGUACCAGUGUACGAUCACGGUUCUUCUGGGGGUGAUUAUGAGUCCAGCUUUGGAGGACACUCGGGAUAUUAGUUAAAAGCGUGACAGUGGAGGAUUUUUCGCUCGUUUCAGAGAAAAAUUAAUACAUGAAAGGAAAAAAAAAAAAAAAUACGUUAUGACGAUAUAAAUAUCUGUCUACUAAAUUUGUCACAGAAUUUAUUAAUUCGACUGAUCAACAUCUUGAUGAAAAUGUAUAUAUAUAUAGUGUAUAUAUUUGGAAAUUAGAUCAUUAUAUAAUAGAUUAAUUAGUAAGAAAAAAAAAAAUUCUCCACUGCAUCGCACGAGCGGACGUAUUGGCACCUAUUACGGAACACAUCUCGAUAAUAUUUUUUCUGGCAACAUUUGUCAACGCAUUGCGUCGAAGAGAAUAUAAUUGUAGAGAGUAAUGUGAUUUGUAACGCUGAGUUUUAACGGCUGAUUUUUCACUCGGGAGCGUUAACGAUGCGUUUCCUUUGCUCGACAAGCGCUCGAAUGCGAGCCCGCGAGCGAAGAAAACGCGGACGUAUUUAUUUUAUUAACUUAGCAAUGUCGGUCCACUCGCCGCGGAUUUCCCGACGAGGGGAAUGAGUUUGCAGAACAGUCGUUUUGCGUCGCGAAAGAUGAUUCCGGGUGCCACGAGUCCGCGUAGACAGCGCUCUAAUGAUUUUCUUAGAUAUAUUAUCGACACUUUAAUAACUGUCAGCGGAUGUUCUAUUGUGUGUUUUUUUCGACAUACGUAACAUGUAACAUAUGUUUUUUUAUAUACGUUGUACAAUGUCUUUCGCUUCUUUUUAAUAAAAAACCAAAGAGCAAAACGAUACAGUCUUGAGAAAAAUGUUUUCUAUUGUCAUAUUUUACAAGAAGCCCGAAUUGAGACUUGCGCUUGUUUUUAUAUGCUUGUCCUUCCUCAAUAAAUUUUACACUAUGCAAUUUACAA